AUCCACACAAGAUAAACAGUAUUCCCGACGACAGCGAGUACUGAGUUCAAACGGCGAAAGUAGUUCGGCCGCAUAAAGGGAGUUGACGUCGCCAUCAGCGAUCUUUCCAGUCGCAUGCCGAGCUUGGAUACGUAUCAUGUCUAACGAUUGUGCUGAUUACAACAGCGACCAUGCGGGGCCAGAUGGAAUGGAGCCAGAUGGUGUCAUUGAGAGCAACUGGAAUGACAUUACGGACAACUUUGAUGAUAUGAACCUGAAGGAGACUCUUCUCCGGGGAAUUUAUGCAUACGGUUUUGAGAAGCCUUCGGCCAUUCAACAGAGGGCUAUAAUCCCUUGCAUUAAAGGCUAUGAUGUCAUUGCCCAAGCCCAGUCAGGCACUGGCAAGACGGCCACAUUUGCCAUCUCUAUCUUGCAGCAGCUGGACAUAGAGCAGAAGGAGACUCAGGCUCUGGUGUUGGCUCCAACCAGAGAGCUGGCUCAGCAGAUUCAGAAAGUCAUUCUGGCCCUCGGUGACUACAUGGGGGCAACUUGCCACGCCUGCAUCGGAGGGACCAAUCUGCGCAGUGAGAUCCAGAAGCUUCAAGCCGAGGCCCCACACAUAGUUGUGGGCACACCGGGUCGAGUGUAUGACAUGCUCAACAGGAGACAUCUGUCACCAAAAUGGAUUAAGAUGUUUGUUCUGGAUGAAGCUGAUGAGAUGUUGAGUCGAGGUUUCAAAGAUCAAAUCUAUGAGAUCUUCCAGAAAUUGAGUACGAACAUUCAGGUUGUCCUGCUCUCGGCCACCAUGCCUACAGAUGUGCUGGAGGUGACCAAGAAGUUCAUGCGGGACCCCAUCCGCAUCUUGGUGAAGAAAGAAGAGCUUACCCUUGAGGGUAUUAAGCAGUUCUACAUAAAUGUUGAGCGGGAGGAGUGGAAAUUGGACACCCUGUGUGACCUCUAUGAGACUCUGACCAUCACCCAGGCUGUGAUCUUCCUCAACACUAGAAGAAAAGUGGACUGGCUCACAGAGAAAAUGCACGCUAGGGACUUCACCGUUUCUGCUCUGCAUGGCGAUAUGGACCAGAAGGAGCGUGAUGUCAUUAUGAGGGAGUUCAGGUCUGGCUCAAGCAGAGUGUUGAUCACUACUGAUCUGCUGGCUCGUGGAAUCGACGUACAGCAAGUGUCCCUGGUCAUCAACUAUGACCUUCCUACAAACCGAGAGAACUACAUUCAUAGAAUUGGCCGUGGUGGCCGCUUUGGCAGAAAGGGAGUCGCCAUUAACUUCGUCACCGAAGAGGACAAGAGGAUUCUGCGCGACAUUGAGACAUUUUACAACACAACGGUGGAGGAGAUGCCCAUGAAUGUGGCAGACCUCAUUUGAGCGUUUUGGGUUUUCCUUUCUAAAAAGGCAGAGAUAGGUCGGGGAGGAAAAAAUUAAAUAAAACAAACCACCGUAUUGAUGCUAAACCUUGGAUCUAAAUACUUUUGCGAGGUGAUUUCUAUGGUAGUCCCACUCGGGCCAUUGUAGGCUUCGUACCCUGCACGGUUUUGGCUGGUUGGAGCUACAAAGCCAUGGGGUCUGUUAUCGUGGUCCUUUUCAGGCAUUUCUUUCCAUGUUCUAUUAUAAUGCGUAUAUUUGAUGUGCUCCACCAUUUAGUAACCUUCUUGUGGACUAAAAGGUACAAGUGCUGUAUAAAGUCUGCAAAUUCUGUUAUGCUAACAUGUGCGAUGUGUUGUGGGCCUGCUUACUUAGAGGCACUUGUCACGGUAUUAUAUAAUAUAGUAGAUUUGUAUUUGCUUUUUUGUGAAUGUUUAUUUAAAUGUAUCAUGUUUUCAUCCAACUCGCCGUCAGAAUUUCUCGGCUAGGCCAUAGUUUGCUGGUGUUUUACUCACAAUAGGGUAUAUUAGCAUUUAGUGACAUGCACACCUCCCCCCUGCACUACUUUUCAGAUCUCUCAAAUUAUAAGAAUGUCUUAAUAAAUGAAAGUUGCUGUAA